AUGGAAUUUGUUAAAUGCUUUAUUCAGUUGGGUCAUCUGUCAGAUGAGUUCGAUGAGCGCUCGAUGGGCUCUCAUCUGAGAUCGGUUUCGCCGAUCACAACCAGUACCGGAGGAGGAUCACGUCGUAACAGCCGUUCACCAAGACCGCAUAGAAAUGUGGAGUCGCCUUUGCAAUCGGCAACGAUAAUUCGAGAUUCGCGGCCUGAUAUCGCUGCUUGGCCUACACCACCGAAUGUACCGCAGACAAAGAGCAGUAACAACCAGCAGCAACAAGCAGACAGCACGUCGUGUGACGAACCAGCUAAGCUCAUCAAUAUGAUUAAGGUGGCCGCUACGUCAACAGGUAUGUGCACCAUUCAUAAUGUCAAUUUAUCAUCAGUGUCAUUUCAUUUCGUAAUACUGACAAGUCUUGAAGGAGCGACACGAGGCCGGGAAACUGAACUGAAGAAGAAGAUACAAACCCUUGAAGAUACGGUUGCAGAAUAUGAACGACAGAAAUAUAAUGUUAUGGGCACUUUUAGUGAAUAUCGUGAACGAGUAGCUGAACGAGAGAGGAAACUCGAAGCGGAAUAUUCGAGUAAAAUAAUUGCUCUCAGUGAAGAGGUGUUAGGGGCAAAGAAGGACUUUGAAGCGAGGAUGAAGAGUUUUCAAGCGCUUCAGGAUAAAUUUGAACGUGAAAAAGAACAAGCAUUGGAAAAGCUUCGGCAAGAACACCAGAAAGAAAUUCAACUCUUGGAACAACGGUUCUCGGAAUCACAGUUGCUCAAUUUGGAGCAGAAGUAUAUGAUUGAAAUACAACGAUUAGAAGAGGAACGAAAGAGUCUGAAAGCUGAAAAGGAGCGAUUGGGCGAAACAUUCGAGAUGAAGCUUCGACGCGCACAAAGCUUGUACGAAACUGAACUGACCGCAGCUAAGAUGCUUUACUCGAAGGAGUUGGAGGCACUUAGGGAUCACGAGGAAGCUCUCAAAGAUGAGCUGCUUGCGAGGCAGGAUGAAUUCCAUGAUCGAUUGCAAGAACUUCAACAUCAAUCGAAGAGGAGUCGAGAAGAGCUUGCCACUUGUAAGAAUGAAGUGACCGCCCUCGAGAAACGUUUGCAAGCCAAAGAAGCCGAACUACUCGCAAUCUCGAAAGAACUGGAAGAGGCAAGAAAUGAAACGAAUGAUUCAUUACGAAAGCUGUCGAAAGUUGAAAGUGAACUACAACAAACCAAGCAACAGUACCGAGAGCAAGAAGAGGAACUGCAACGAAAAUCAAAUCUGUUGAAUAUUGUUGAAACUGCGAAAAGUAAAUUGGAAGCGGUAAUUCGUGAUCUUCAAACAGAGGUGAAAGCACUCAAGAAAAAGGUCGAAUUUCUGGAGAAGGAACGUGAAAAUUUGCAAAGUCAAAGCGAAAGUCAGACACAAUUGCAAAACUCUCAAGUGCAUGCGCUAGAGGCGGUACUCGAGUCAGUAACCAAAGAAAAGGAAUCAACAAAAGAACAUUACGAAGGUUUAUUGGACAGAGAACGACAACAAGCCGAAGAGCGUGAGUUUGCAAUGAAGAAAGAAUUCAGUGCAAAACUGAAUGAAUUGGAAGAACAAUACAAUGGUUUGAAGGAGCAGCUGGAGAGCAACGCACAACGCGAUAAACAAGAGCUUGAGGGUAAAACAGAAGAGCAAAUUAGUUCACUUCAAAGCGAGAACUCAGUUCUCGUGGUUGAACUGAAUGCAUUGAAGUCAAAGUUGAAAGCUGUAAAUGAUAACGAUGUUGAGGCUGAUGGCAAUAACACAUCUGAAAACGAUCUAUCGAAAUUGAUCGACAAAAUUGACGAGUUAAAAGCGGAACUAGAAAGAAGCAAACGGGAGCUGUUGGAAAAAGAGGAUGAAAUUGUAACACUCAAGAAACAAGUGGAACAAGAGAACGAAUUGAAUGAUGAUCAGCUUUCAGUGAUACGUGAUGAGAUAAGAGCCGAGCUUCUCAAUUCGAGUGAAUUUGCUGAAAAGGAUGAUGAGCUUGAAAGCAUGGGAAAAAGGAUUCGUGUACUGGAAGAAGAACAGGAAGCUGAGAAGAUUGGACGAGAGAAGAUUAGUGAAAUGAUGAAGCAGGUGCAGAUUGAAAAUGAACAGCUUAAGGAACAACUGAAAGAAUUUAACGAUAAAACUGAAAGUGAAACGAAUAUUUCCGAGGAUGGCGAGCGGAUCUCCUCAUAUUGCCAACAGAUCGAGAGAUUAAUGAGUGAUUUGAAUGAUCGAGAGAAACGUAUCGAUCAAAUGGAAGCAAGUCAACAACGUACAAAAGAGGAAUUCGAGUUGCACUUUGAAGAUCGAGUGGAAGAAGAAACGCUAAAAGUGACAGCAAUCUACGAAGAAAAGUUUGAGAAAGUGAAAAGAGACGCCGAACAAGAGAACAAAAAACUGGAUGAUGAAAUUGUUCUUCUCAAAGAGGAUUCGAAAGCAAAAUCAGAACAAAUUGAGGAUCUUCACAGUCGCGUGAAAAAUCUGCUCCACGAAGUUACCACUAUUAAAGCUGAACUUGAUAAGAAAAAUAUCGAGAUUAAGAACUUUAGUAGGAAAACUGAUGAAUAUCUCAGACGACGAGAUAAUCAACAAGCACAGGUGCUUGAGAAAAAAAUUAUCAAUCUGAACAAAGAACAUGAGAAGACAAUCGAUCUGAUGAAAGAGCAUGAAAUGGAGUUGGCUGAAAAGUUGAGAAAAAUACAAGAAAAAGUGGAAGAAGACAGGCCUGAAUUGAUCUCAAACGGUAUGCAAACAGAUGAAUUGCCUGCGGUUGUUGAGGAGGUUAAGCAAUAUUUGAGUCAAGAACAACAAACAGAACCGCAUGAGGAUGAUCUAGUUAACAAAUUGGAGGAACUUACGAAUGCCUUAAAGGAGAAAGAUGAAAUGAUCGCAAAACUACAAGAACAGUUAUCGAAUCAGUCAACGACGGCAAUCUGUGAUGAUAAUGAACGAUCAGAUGAGCAAGAAAAUAAGAAGAAUCGAUCUCAAAGUAUGUCAACUGUUGAACAUAUGGCCACAAACAAGUUGCAAAAUCUCGAGUCAAAUAUGACGGACAAAAAAGGUAGAGGCCGACUGAAGAGUGCAACAGCAGUAGGAGAGACGAAGAUGAGUUCGGUGGGUACCGCCGAAUGCUCUAGUGUGGCUGAAGUACCAAGGCCUAACGGAUUGGAGAAGAGGGAAAAAGAAAUCGAAAGGAAGAGUAAAGACGAUGAAAAGGACAAGCCAUGUAAUGGCAUUAAUCGUGCAAAAUCGCCAACAUUGUUAACGCGAUUCAGAGACAGGAGUCCUGCGAAGCCAAAACCAUGUUCUGUGGAGACGAAGCCAAACGUUGAAGAGAAGAGUUGUGUCCAAACUGAUGAUUAUCCAUCAAGUGACCUUCAGUUCAUUGAAAUUAAAACAUUCAGGCAAUUGUUGAGCCCUACGCAUGCAGAACAACGUAGCAAUGUGACAGUGCCAGAAGAUCGUCGUCGAGCGUCACCGUCACGUCAACUUCUUACACGCUCCAAAAAAGAGUCUACCUCGCAAUCGACUGCCACUCUUUCAUCAUCAACCAAUAAAGAGGAUUACUCAACAAAAAGACCCGCAUGGAAAUUUUAA